AUGUCGACGAAAGGUGCGCCAUCUAAACGUAGUCCCGAGUUCAACUUUGACACUAAAGCUCUCAUCCAAGAGGGAGCCACACCAAACUGGACUCGCGACUUUCCCGUCGUAGGCGAAGGCACACUUAUUUUCUCCAUCCAGCGCAGCACGCCGUUCUCGAUCGUCGUUCGACCAAAAUUAGACCCGGGCGAGCCUGGAGCCAACCAGUGGAUCGCUCUUGAGGUUCACAGGGUAUCAGCCAAUUUCAAAAUAGGCCUCGAAGAUCAUUAUAAGCAGCUCAAGCAGGUAGAGGGGAUCGUAAAUUUGGAGCAGGUCGGCUACGAACCAGGGAAGAAAAUCUCCUACUGGUUCAGCUACGACCGUGAUCUGCUGACGCUCAAGUACGGCAAAGGAUACCGCAUGGAGCAAACUACCCUGAUGGAGUUCAACUUUCUCACAGGAGACAAGAAGAUAGACGAAAAGACGAGGGAAAGUCUGAAGUAUCUGUUUAGCCCGACAAUCCGCAGGCGCAUCGAGCAGUACGAUCUCGAGGGACGCAAGGAAAUGAUUCAGCGCUAUGCGGCGCGCUUUCGAGACGUCGGUUUUAAAGGGCAAUCUCUUCAGCAAAUGUUCCCCAACCUCAAGGCCGAAGCGAUAGGUGUGAAAUCCGAGUCUCUAGCAAAGUCAAUCAUCGACAUCGAGCACCAGGUUAACUUCGACAAGGAACCUUUCGUGUGCAACUGGUCUGCCUUCGUCCUAGACAGCUCAAAGGUGAACCUAUUCGAACUGGACGACAACAAGUACACCUUUUCUGCCAGCCUGCCUCCCGCCUGUCAGGAGCUUUACUUCAAUGUCACUGCACCAAACGUGAACCUGGACUGGUCUCCAGAGCCUACCAAGUACAGGCUCUCCGACGCCAUCCGUUACAGUCUUCAAGGGCCAAAUGGCAAACUGUACAAGACACUGAAGUCCAAGACGGGCGAGUUCGGAGAUUUCAGCGAAACAUACCUGCGCGUCACACUCGGGAGCAACCGCGGCAGCUCCCCAGGCAUCCCGUAUGUUCUAGAGAUAUGGCCGAUGAACCACGGUAGUCCCAUCCACAACCACGGCAAUGCAUACGCCGUCAUCCAUGUUCUGCACGGUGGGUUGACGAUAAAAGUCUUCAACAAGCACGUAGAUCGCCCCAAAGCUCCACCGUUGAUGAAGUUCGACGUCAAGGCCGGCGACACAACUUGGAUUUCUCCCAACUGGUUCCAGACACACCAGUUGUGGAAUAGCACCGAGGACUAUUGCGCCACAGUCCAGUGCUAUCAAUACGGAGUCAACGACCUUACACACUGGCCGUAUUUCGACUACGUCGCCAGUACCAAGGUGAUCGACGAGUUCCUCCCUGACAGCGAUUACACGUUUCAUGAAAUGCGAGACACGGUGCUGAAGGAGUUUACCGAGUUCAUGGACCACGCUCCGACUGUGAAUUAG